ACUAUGCACACAAUUCAAAAAAGCUUUUCUUCAAUAUAGGUUUAGAUCGAGUUUCUCAAGAAGCUAUCCGAGGAUAAUGGAAAUGAUAAGUGUUUGUGUAAUUAUUGGAGUUGUUUUAGGGGUUUGUUUGUUGGUGAGGAGACUCAAUGAAUUGUGGUAUUUGGUUAAGUUAGGAGGAAGAGCUUACAAGUCUCUUCCUCCUGGUGACUUGGGAUGGCCUGUUAUUGGCUAUUCCUUCUCCUCUUACAAAACAUUCAUAGUUCAAGAAGAUCCAAUCUCUUUUAUCCAAUCUCUUCACUCAAGAUAUGGAAAAGGGGGAAUGUAUAAAACUCACCUUUAUGGAAACCCAACAGUGAUUGUAACAAAUCCAGAAAUAUGUCGACGUAUAUACUUAGACGAAGCAAACUUCAAACAACAUUAUCCAAAGUCAGUGAAAAUCCUAGAAGGAUCAAGUGGUGAUUUCUCAAAUAUGGAUCACAAAAUUGCAUAUAAAGUAAUGGCAUCACCCAUGAAUGGGUAUGAGGUAUUAUCUAAUUAUGUGGAUUUCAUUGAGGAAGUAAUAGCAAAAGGGUUGGAGGAAUGGAGUAGCAUGAUGAGAGAGCCUAUUAAAUUGGUGGAUGAAAUUGGAAUUCUCUUUUUCAAAGUCAUUACAAAAAUUUUCUUAGGGUCUCAACUUGAUGCCAAAACCAUGGUUGAGCUUCAUACAUUGUACAAAGAAUUGAGUUUUGGAAUGGUCAUGUCCACUUUCCCUUAUGACUUCCCUGGAUUCACUUUUCACCAAUUACUCAAGGCAAGAAGGAAGAUAGAGAAUACAAUUCAAGGUGUGGUUGAGGAGAAAAUAAGAAGAUUUGAAAAUGAUAAAACAAGUGAAGUGCAAUGUCAAGUGGACAAAUUGGUUGUCGCCAUUAAUGAGAAUGGGGCAAAAUUAUAUAGUAACAAUUUCAUUAGAGAUUUGAUUCUUGGGAUAUUUUUUGCUGGCCAUAGUACUCCUGCCAUUGCUGCUUGUUGGGCUCUUCUACAUAUCUCACAAAACCCUCAUGUCUUCCAGAAGGCCAAGGAAGAGCAAGAGUCGAUCAUAAGACAAAGACCAUCUGUUCAAAAGGGCUUAACUCUUAACGAAAUCAAACAAAUGAAAUAUCUCACCAAGAUCAUUAACGAGGUUUUGAGAAGAAAUACCAUUACUGCCACGAAUUUUCGUGAAACAAAAACAGAUGUAAACAUCAAUGGUCACUUCAUUCCAAAAGGAUGGACAGUACAAAUUUGGAAUAUAGCUGUUCAUAUGGACCCUCAAAUUUAUUCAAAUCCACAAGAAUUUAAUCCUUCACGAUGGGAUAAUUAUACACCAAAACCAGGAGAAUUCAUCCCUUUUGGACUUGGAAGCAGGUUUUGUCCUGGAAGUGAACUUGCAAAGCUUGAGAUUACUAUUUUACUUCAUCAUUUCAUCCUCAAUUACAAAAUGGAGGGUGUCAACCUAGAAAGCAACAACAAUCAAAUGCCUUCCCCUCGGCCAGAAAAUUGCCUUUGCAAAAUUAUUAGGCUGUCAUAGUGUGAGAGAGAUUGAUGCAGUAGGAAUAAAUACACAAAUGGGAGUUAUAUUAUAUACAUGUGCACUUGAUAUCAACUUUAUUUAUAAUGAAAUGUGUGAAGAAGGUUAAAUAUAACCAUGUGUUAAGAACCACUAUCAAUUAGCUUUUAUGACGAUCUUUAAAAUUUAUAAUAUAGUUUUGUAAUGGGGAGAAAUUUAAGAACAUGAUUUUUGUUGUGGUA